UGAGUGUCCCAUCCCAGCAGCUGAGGGCUGGAGAGGUGCCAGCAAGGGAGGAAGUGGCUGCAAGAGGAGUCUGUCUGUUUCCCCUGCUGCAGCUUGGGACUGCUGUUUCCCAUCCCGAAAACUAGAAUGACUUUUUCCCUGAACACUGGCCGUACACACAGCAGGGAAGGGGCUGUGUUCCCUGCUGCAUCUUUCAGGACAAAUCCCACUCCUCCGCAGGGACACGCAGGGAUCUUGGGCCAGAGAAGGGGCUGGAAGGGAGGAAAUGGAAGAGCUGAAGGCCUCGAGGCCAGGAGCCAGGCUGCGGGAGCACUGUCCCGCUGCACAAGGGGCUACGCAGAAACCACCGGGCUGCUGACAAUCCCUCUAAGGCUGCGUCGCUCCCCGCCGCGCUCCGCGUUCCCCCCGCCGGGGCCCCGCGUACCUGUCCUGCGGCGUCCCGGAGCCUCUCCGCUGCCGUCCCGCGGCCCGUCGCCGCUGUCCCGACCCCGCGGUGCCCGGCCACAGGCGGCUGCGCCCGCAGAACGACGCGUCUCUCGCCAACACGCUGGCUGCUGCCGGGCUCUCCCCGAAGGGGAGGGACCAAACUUGGCCUUAGUUUUUAGAUGAGACAGUCUUUCUGGGAGAGAUCUUCCACGGGCCUGGAAAACAAGCUUCUGGCACGGAGCCAUGCCCUCCCCUCCUCCGCCUUCCCCCCCGCCACCCAAAACCCAACCCACUGCACGCCCCAGAGAUCCAUGCGGCUGCUUAGAAGCCGGGCUGUGCCUAUGCAGGGACGGGGGAGGUUUAUAUACGGCGCUUGUCUGGCCACGGCUGAAUUUUGUCUCUCCUCGCGGCGAGGCCGCGUAGGGCUGGAUCCGCUCCGGGAUCUCCGCGAGAAAACCCGCCCGGACAGGCUGCGGCACCCGGAGGUGCUGCAAGGCUUGGGACUGCGAGAGGAGGCGAGUCCUGGGCGGGGAAGCACUCCAUUAAGCUCAAGAUCCCUCCAUAUAAAAAUCCAAAUCCUUUCCUCUGGCGUUAUGAGAAGUGGGUAGCAACAGGCUGAGGAAGCCGAUCCCACUGCUGGGUGCAACUUCUGGAACGAUUUACGGUGGAUCAAUCACCCUACUGAUGGGUGGAUCAGCACCCAUCCACACUUUGUAUAGCCCAGGCAUUUACCCCCUCAUAAGACUCGGGGAAAUAAGCCUAAAAGCGGCACCAGUAACAGAUGAGAGGUCAACAGGAUGAUUCAGCUGAUGAAACAGCUGUAAGAGUUUCAAGGCCAGCAGAGGGAAGCAGCAGGGGAAGGAGGGUAACAUUUGUCUUGGCCUAAAUUCCUUAUGGAGCUGCACCCCUGAACUGUCUCCUUAGAGAGCUGGUGACUCCUGGGGUGGGAUCAUUGGCUUCUCUUCCUCUCCCAUUGCAUGUAUGUGUGUGGGUAUGAUCUGAGGCUAGCAGAGCACUAAGGAGCCUGACAUUUAAGUUAUAUUUUUAAACUUUGAAUUUUGUUGGCAUUUCCUUGGAAAAAAGUAAUGACAUUGUGUGAUGGUGUGUCCUUCCAGCCUGUAUUUUGGGUGUGUUUGGGAUGUUUAUGGGAGUUUGGGAAGAAGCAAAUGGCCACAUCCACCUCUGGCUCCAGGCAUGUACACCCUAGGAUUGCAAAACUUCCCUCAUGUCAGCCUCCGCAAGCUCCAAUAUUAGUCCUUUCCAAUGUGCUAAACAUGGAAAUCAUAUUCUUUUAAUCUGUAAAAAUUACUCCAUGAAGUAAAUACAAUGCAAAAGCUGUAAUGAGUCCUAAAACUUAUGAGUGGGACUGGGCUAAUUAGCUCAAGACCAACUGUUGGUCAUAGAAUCACAAAAUCAUUUCAGUUGGUAAAGACCUUUAAGAUCAUUAAGUCCAACCAUUAAUUUCACACUGCCAAGCCCAUCACUGACCCAUGUCCCUCAGCACCUCAUCUACACAGCUUUGCAAUAGCUGCAGGGAUGGGGAUUCCACCACCUCCGUGAAUAGCCUUUUCCAGUUUUCUCCCCUUUGAUUUGUCCAGACUGAAGAAAAUAAUGCAGUAUUUCCAUCCUCAGGAUGAUGGGGUAAUGCAGUGACCCUUGCAAUUCUCUGCCAGCAGAGCAACUAGGAAAUAUUCCCUAGCCCAGGUAUAGUUAUUGAAAUCCCUGCAGGGACUGAAGGUCUGCUGUGUUCCUUGAUAGGAGUCUGUUGUAUGGAACUGGAAAAUGCAAAGCAUGGCUGUGGAGAUGAGAAUUUUAAGCAACAUGCCAUAGUUCCAUUAUUUGCACCAAAGAACGUCAGAAGAUAACUUGCACAGAUAUUUACUUCAUAAACCACUACCAAUAACGGAUCUGCAGCACUGGCAGGGGAGGAGCCAGUUUCCAUGGCACGGGAGGACCAACAGACCCGUGGCAAAUGUUUGGCCUGAGCUGCCUGUUUGUUAGCAACAUCCUUCAGAAAUGCAAUGUGGUUUUAUCUCUGAGUCCUUUACAUAAGGGGCUCUACUUGGCUCCAGGUUUCCAUGACUGCAAAUCAGAUGUCACCAUCAGUCUGGGAUCACUGUUUUGAAGGCACCUUUUUCAAGUGUGGAGCAUGACAGAGCUCCAUGAAGCUGUGGCUGUGGGGGACUACGACCUGGUAGAUGAGAUUUUGAGGUCAGGGCGCUGCGACCCAAAUCACAAGGAUGUUGACUGGCACGAUAGGACCCCGCUGCACUGGGCUGCUGCAAAAGGCCAAUCGGAGCUGGUCAGGCUGCUGGUGGAUCACGGCGCCCGGCACUGCCUGCGGAGCGACGUGGGCUGGACUCCGGCUCACUUUGCUGCCGAAGCGGGCAGGCUCGGUGUGCUCCGUACCCUUCACACGCUGCACGCUGCCAUGGAUGCGGCCGACCUCUUUGGAGACACUCCCAAGAGGCUUGCGGACAUCUACGGACACCGAGACUGCUCCAGGUUCUUGGAAACAGCAGAGGAGGAGAGCAGAAACUAUCGCAGGACAGCUGCACUGAAAGGAAUUGCGUUAGAUCAGAUAGAUGAAGACUGGGAACUCAAGAAAGACAGCCUUCAGAGAAACCCACCGUGUUCUCGUGAGAAAUACACAUCCUGUACUCAAAAGAAAAAUCAAGGAAAAAGGAAAAAGCAUUAGUGUGUUGGGCCUGUUUGGUGCCACUGAGAACUUGCAAUGCAGAGCAAAGACUGGUAGACCUCAGGUGCAACUACGGCAUGAAAUAUGGAUGAAGAGGAGAAGCAAGGGUACAUCCUUGUGAUGGACUGUAAAUGCUGACAUUAACAGGGAGAGAGUAGAAGUGCUUCUGGCUCUGUGUGUGUUUAUACAUGCCGUAUCUCUAUCAGAAAGCUGCAGAAGAUAUUUCAAUGAACUAAUACUGUAACUCACUGAAAUGCGUAAAUAUACAGGAAUGACAUCAGAAACAACUCAUCUUGACUGAGAGGGAAAUAAUUUUGCU